GCAUACGUCAUCUCAGGGACUCCAGCGACCCCCCGUGGCUUGGAGUGGUGGGGAGGAUCAAAUGCUCCUUCCAAGGGCACUCGCCAUCCGGAAAACAGGCCCAGCGGUCGCCAAUCGUCCGUCUGCCGGCCCACCAGCCAGGCCGAAUCAGCAGUCCAUCGCCGUCGACAGCAAGACCCAGGAGGAUGGAAUCAAUCAUGAACGGCUCGUCACACUCCCAUCGACCCAGCAGACCGAAAAGGUCACAGCGACUAGAUCCACUCUGACCCUUCCAACACCCAACUAUUGCUUGGCAUCUUCAGGCUCUCUUCGCUCUUCCCACGGUAUCCCAUCAUUUCAGAUUCAAGAAAAAAACUUCAGAAAAUCGCCUCAUUCUGGUUGCAUAGUUUGGCUCAAUGGUCUUCCAACCACUCAAAAUAUCACCAAGCCAGUCAUUAUGAACCUUGUAGCGGCUAUACGCACUGCGAAAUCGAAAGAGAUAUUUACGGGUAAUCUAGCUGAAUCCGUCGAGGUCAAAUAUAUCGAUUUUGUGAAGGGCUUGGCAACCUGUCACAUCCGAUUUUCCUCAGCUUCAUCGGCCGCUGGAUUCGUCCAGGUAUUAAAAUCCUUCUCAGACUCCGAGAAUCCGGUAGUUCUAGACAUCUCUGGGUUGGAGAUCGACUGCUCCAAGCUCGAAGUACUGGUCAUCAGCGGGCGACGAGAAGAGAUCUAUUUGGAGAAGAUCCCCGACUAUCUUCACUAAUGGACUCCUCGUCAAACAUCGCUGAAGUGCUCCGAACAGGUAAUACAUAGAUAAGUUCAUAAUCCCCAACAAAUCAUCAAGUGGUUGAGGGAAGCAAUACGUUAUACAAGUCCAAUGUUUACCAUGGCCGGCGACAAGGUUUAAUGUAGACCCAUUGCUCUUCUUCUGCAAAUACGGCCAAUCAAGUUGUCUCAUACAUAUUUUUCAAACAAAAAAGCUCAAAGUAAUCAUGAUUCACAAGAGUGGUUGCCCAGCUUCUAAUAGUAGCGCAAUUCAUAAUCAUGGGUGCAUAACACCGGAAAUGAAAAUGUUACUAGUAAGCAAGUCACCCACUGUUGGCUUAUCCGAGUGAGACCAGCAUUGAAACACUGCCAGCAAUUCAUCUUGCAAAA